AUGUCCGCCUCAGACAUCCCACGGGUGGCCAACAUCCCCGAGUUCUCUACUACGGUCGAUGUUCGUGUUAUUGAUACAAACACGACCGUUCACCUCAAUCCCGAACUGUUCUGGCGGCCUAAGGUCGACGGAUUCACUGGCCUACACGCACCGAUAUACUGUUUCCUCGUCUCCAACAACAGAACUGGCGAGCAUGUAGUCUUUGACCUCGGCACGCGGCCUGACUGGCGCAACUAUGCCCCCAAGACGGUCGCCCUGAUAUCUGCCACAACGGUCGUAACCCCAGGAACUGACGUGUCCACCAUGUUGGACGAGGCGGCAGACAGCGGCCAUACCAAUGUUCGUAGCACCGAUAUCGCGGCCGUCAUCUGGUCACACAAUCACUUCGACCACAUCGGCGACGUGACGCGCUUUCCCAAAAGUACGGCGCUGGUAGUCGGCCCCGGCGUUCGCGCCGUGACGUGGCCGGGCUGGCCUACGCGCGCGGACGCCAUCGUCCUCGACGCAGAUAUCGAGGGCCGUGCGGUGGUCGAGGUAGCCUUUGACAAAGGUCUCAAGAUUGGGCGGUUUGAUGCUUUGGACUAUUUUGGCGACGGGUCCUUCUACCUCCUCGAUGGGCCGGGCCAUGCCGUGGGGCAUCUUUGCGCCUUGGCACGCACAACUGCCGCUCACGAGGAGGGGGGAUCGUCAUUUGUGUUUAUGGGGGCCGAUGCGUGUCACCAUGUCGGUGUUUUACGGCCAAGCGCGGAUUAUCCACUGCCAUCUGGCGAGAAGCUGCAGCAGUUCCUGGGCGAGGAUGCGGCGCUUUGUCCCGGUCUCCUCCUGGAUUCGUGCCUCUCCAGCAAAUCAGACCCUUUUUUCCAGGUGGCGGCUCCAAGUGUCAUCUUCCCAGACAAGGAUGCGUCCUUUGAUACUGUUAGUAAGAUACAGCAGCUGGAUGGGCUGGAAAGUGUCGGUGCAGAUUAG